CGCAUACACCGCACCUGCACAGUGCAGCCUCACCUGUGCAGGUGCGGCUGACGACUGCGUUGUGUGACAGGCGCCAUGAAGAGGCCUCCUCGUGUGCUGCUGACAACUUGAUGAGGGAGCAGAAGACAAAAGGUGAAAGAGAGCAACUUCAGCACAGGAAGUGGACUGAAGGUGUCGCCGCCAACAUCCGUUACGCGCCGCCAUGAAUCCUUUGUGGAGAGUUUAUAAGAGUAAAGUCUUGAAGACUCUCAACCCUGAAUAUGUGGAGGAAGCUGCUGAUGAGGUGAGUGAGAUGGAGGAAGACCUGAGUCCAGUCCAGGAGGACGAAGGCCAGAACGCAGUCUCUCAGCUGGCUCGCAAAAUGCAAGGGGCAGGGGUCAGAAGCUGGAACAGAAUGUCAGCUCUUUUCUACAAAGACGACCAGCAUCAACUUCUCCAGGAGACCGAAAGUCCUCCUGUCCCUGACCAUCCACUUGCAGCGAGGCCAGAGGAGCCUCCUCCAGCCACAAAGCGUUCUGGGUUCUGGGACAGCUUCGCCGCCAACUGGGCCGCCAAGAAGCAGGCGGAGACUGAUGCCGCCGCCAUGAAGAUGCAAGAAGAGGAGGAGGAGGUGGAGGAAGCUGCUGAGACACCAGCCGGAGCGUCUGAGGACCAAGUGGCGUCGCAGGAGAGGCGUGGCGGCGAGAUGAACGAGGGCAGUGAAGGCAACAACUCCUUCUCCAAAUAUAUGUCUCUGGGAGGAGGAGGAGAGGACGCCGCCUUCAGGUGGAACUUUGUCUCCAGCAAACUGGCCGAGAUGAAAAGUAAGAGCGUCGCCAAGAGCAACUCGCAAUAAGUCACGUGACACGCCCGCAAUAAUAGAUGACAUCACACCUGUGCUUUGUCACAUGCCACAAACCCCGUUUCCAUAUGAGUUGGGAAAUUGAGUUUGAUGUAAAUAUAAACAGAAUACAAUGAUUUGCAAAUCCUUUUCAACCCAUAUUCAGUUGAAUAUGCUACAAAGACAACAUAUUUGAUGUUCAAACUGAUAAACUUUAUUUUUUAUUGCAAAUAAUAAUUAACUCAGAAUUUCAUGGCUGCAACACGUGCCAAAGUAGUUGGGAAAGGGCAUGUUCACCACUGUGUUACAUCACCUUUUCUUUUAACAACACUCAAUAAGCGUUUGGGAACUGAGGAAACUAAUUGUUGAAGCUUUGAAAGUGGAAUUCUUUCCCAUUCUUGUUUUAUGUAGAGCUUCAGUCGUUCAACAGUCCGCUGUCAUAUUUUACGCUUCAUAAUGCGCCACACAUUUUCCAUGGGAGACAGGUCUGGACUGCAGGCGGGCCAGGAAAGUACCCGCACUCUUUUUUUUACGAAGCCACGUUGUUGUAACACGUGCUGAAUGUGGCUUGACAUUGUCUUGCUGAAAUAAGCAGGGGCGUCCGUGAAAAAUACGGCCCGUAGAUGGCAGCAUAUGUUGUUCCAAAACCUGU